CUCUUUCAACCCCAAUGUCUCCCCUGUUUUCCACAACCCAAGUCCUCCCAAAUCUCCGUCCUCUCACCGUAAAACUGAUGGAAUUUCAUUCUUCCAUGUCAAGAUUGGAGUACAGACCCAGAGAGGAUUUGCGGUAAGUGAAGAAGAAGAAGAAAAGAUUGUCUGUUUGUCAGAUCUGUUCGAAUUUUGACAAGAUCUAGGAGGGAAUGACCCAUCCUUGAAUUUCUUUUCAGGUGAAACUUUUUCCAGGAGCUGUUGAAGAUCCAUAACCAUCAUCUCGUGAGUGUUAGAUCUAUCUAAUCUCUUUCCGUUAAAUAUAUUUAUUGAGAGUGGUGUUUGGAGUGGUGUUUGUUUAUGUAAAUCUGUGUAGAUCUUGUUAUUAUUUAUGGUAUUACUUUCUAGUAGUAUGGAGAUUCUUCUUUAAAAAGGAUUAGUGAUCUCUCAAUCCCUUGGAAUUUUGGGUGUGAGAUGUUUCUAAUGUAGAUUUUUGGAAAAUGACUAUAAAAUUAGCCUUUUUAAACAAUAAUGAGAGGUUCCUGCAUCCUAAGAUGCAAGUGAACAUAACACUAAAUCAAAAACGAGAAUGCUAUGAAGAAGAGAUGAAAUAUUGCUUGUAUAUAAAACAAGAAUAUUUUUAGAAGUGGGGUUCAAACUGUUUCUGGCCCCUGUAUCAUAUGUGAAUGUGUCAAAACCUGUGAAAUGCAUCACCAAUCUGUAUAUGUACUCAACAUAUCAUAUUCUAGUCUAGGUUCAAAACUCAUGUCCAAACCUUUUUUAGUGUCUACUUAAGUUUCUCCAACAUCUUUACAACAUCCUUCAUGUCUGACCUGUUUCCAGAGAUAAUGUCACAGCACUUCUUGAUCAAAUCUGUAAUCUCAAUUGUUGUCUUCUCUGAAGACCCUGUCUGGAGUAAUUUUCCAUGUACCACAUGACCAGAUUUUCAAUUUGCAAUAGCAACUAUGUGUCCUGGGUCUUCUGAAUGUUUAUCAUCUGGUGUUGACUUUCGCCUCUUAGUGUUCUCUUGUGGAUAUCUUUACCUCAUCACACUUCAUCAGCGGUUGGAGUGAGGUCACUCCAAGUCUGUACAGAUCAACUUUUGGGUGCACAUUUCCUAAAACAUUGAGAAAAUUUAAAUUGUUAAAUUAUAUGUUCAUAAUUGAAAGAAGAAUGAAAACCAUGAAAUACUGCCCAGUUGUAUAGAUUUUGUAGAAAGAACCUGUUCUGUAGUAAUUUCAAUAAACAUUAUCAAUUAUAAUAUAUGAAAUAAAAAUCACAAAUGUGGACCUAAAAUCACAAAUGUGGUAAUGGAUUGUUUGAUUGACGAUCCGUCUGAGCGUCCUUCCAUUGACUGAGUUAUUGACCUUUUGGAUGGAUUAUCGGUUGUGCAUAGAAAUCCAGACACCUUAGGUAUUGGUACAAAUCGGGGCCACAAACCAAGUCACGACAAGGCCUCAGAAGUGUAGAUAUAAUGAUGACCAAAACAAAAGAUCAAAUUUCAAAAUCCAUCAAGAAGCACAUUGAUUUUUAUUUUUAAUUUACCUAAUCUUUACUUGCCUCUUCAACAAAGCCCAAAUGUGAAGAGGUUAUUGGUCAGUACUGCCUUUUUCCUAAAGGUACACCAUUAGAGAAGUUUCUCUUACAUUGGUGGAGUAUUGGCUAAACUACAAGGCUAAAACCACUUACGCAAGUGAUGCUUUUCCAGUUCUACUAAUCUUAUUUACUCAACUAAAAAUGAUAGAAAAUACUAGGUGAUCAGAAAACGAGCACUGCCAGAUUAUAAGUAACGUUGAGACCUGACAGCCUUUGCAACUUAUUUCUUGGAGCAUUGCUGACAGAAUACACCUCAAUGGUCACC